AUGCGCUUUGAAAAACUUACUUCGAUCGACUUCUACUAUGAUGUGCUUAUAAAAGCGCAAUAUUCUGACUGGGAUUUUGAACUUGAAUGGAACGAUCGCGAAACUGAACGGAUGCAAGCUACGUUCAAGAGUGUUCAAUCUGCCUUGACCUCUCCAAUCGAAGAAGCAGUCCUUCGGGCCGAGGAACUCACCAAUGAAAUAGUCAUUGAAUGGCAAGCUUUGUCAUUCUCAAUGUCGACCCGCCUGGCCACCGAGGUCUCGCAGAUCACAGGGGAACUUUUGCAAGCCGGAAAUCUCACUCGAGCAUAUGCGGCUGCAAUAUAUAGACUUAGACUCCGCGCGGUUCAUCAUGCUGUGAGUGAAGCAGAAAAAACAACUUCUUUUUUGGACCAUGAGUUUUGUACCGUCGCCUUCGCUGAAACUCCUGAUAUGAUCCGACAAAUGGAAGAGCUUGGACGCGAACUUGAAAACUGGCAGCAUGAGGUUCUAAAAAUGGCUACUGUCCUUUUCACGCAACAAUUAAACACGUCUGGAUUAUCGAUCCUCGACAUGAAAGACACAAUUGAAAAUGACUUUUUGCUUCCUCGGCAAUCUGCAAGAAGACGAAUCGAUGAAAUCACCUCUAGUAUCAAAGAAACUCAGCAAAAUUACGCACAGUUACAGGCGAAGGCCAGGACGAUUUUGAAUGACAGGUCUCACUUGAUUUGUCAAGAGCUUUGUCGAGGGCCUAAUCUUUCCCCCGAGACAAUAUCCAAGCUCAGCAAGCUUGGUCUUGCCAUGCAACGUACUCGAACCUCCCUUUUAAUCGCCAUGCAUCGACAUCGUGCAGCCUGGCGAGCCAUGGUCAUGCAGCGUUACUCGGUUGGAAAGAUUCGACUAUGGGAGAUGAGUGCCGUCGUAUCGGGCUACGACGUGAGCAACGAUGCCUUUAAAGAGCACAUAUUCGAAGCUUAUGCUCUGGGUCCUCGGCAUGGUGGAAAGCUUGGACAGAGCUUGGCAAAAAACUCACGCGGCAUGGCUAAGGCUCUUCGUUCCAAAUACAAGAACCUCCAAAAGAACAACACAGCUCGCAGCCCUCAGCACGAUAUUUACUUGCGACAGCUUGAUGUAGUUUGGCCAAUGGAUCAUCUUGAAGUCUUAGGCUGGCGGCUGAUCACUGAAGCUUGGUACCUUUCACACACCCUGAACGGACUUUGCGGGUCAUUGUGGGAAUCUCUACCUAACAAAGGCCGGCGAUUGUCGGCCAAUGCAGUAUAUGAAUGGUGUGUCAAGUUUCAAUCUCAUCGCGCAGAUCUCAAAGCAGAGAUGGACGAAUUUUAUCACAUCAACUGGUUGCGCCUUCAAUCAGAAAACAAAUUGUACGCCCUGGGCGAAAAUGUUUAUUUGAGCGGUAGAUUUGAAGCAUUGAAUCCAAUAAGUCAAGACGAAAAACGUUUGACUGAAUGGACUGAGCAAUUCGCUCACAUUUGCUCGGAGGCGUGGAUUAUGAGCUGUGGCCUGAAUCAACCAGCCCAAUUCUGGGAGGGUCUCUACGAGAAGCUAGAAGCUUGCAGGAUAGCGGACAACGCUCUGAGGCAAGACCGCCUCCUGAAUGCCCAUGGUUCUGAAAUUGCCCUCAAGAAACCAAUUCUCAAUACCCCACUACCUCGGACUGGCUCUUUCAAAACCACCAUACGGGCCAACUUUGCUCCUCUGAAGGAAGUAAACAAGCUACACAAGAAACGAGGUGAAGGUGCCUCGGCCCCGGAGCCUCGUACACCUAUGCUCAAUGUGCAACCUGAAGCCAGGUCCAAACAAAACCAAACUCUUUCACGUCCACCUCAGCAGUUGCAGUUUAAUACUCAAAGCGAUGGCAAGCCCUGGUGGAUGCGUUCGAGGAAAUCAGAGUAUGAUUCAGCGGAGAUGAAAGAAGCACGCACGAUUGGGCCUGAACCCGUUGCGCUAGAAUAUGAGAAUCCCCCAAUUGCCUCGAGUAGAGACAAAGUCUCACGGCAUUGGGGCAUGGCUCAAAAGUUCCAAAAGAUCUCCGGGUUGCAGAACGACGCAGAUGUUCAUCCACCCGAACAGACAAAUCGUUUUACCAACCCAACCGGGAAAGCUCCCCUGGAUGAAAAGAAAUCUCAACCGCUCGCCGGACAGGAUUUAUGCCAGAAUAUAUUCACUGGAAAAACUUAUGCUUCGCCUUCAGUUGAGCCCAAAGGAGAUGCCCCGUACCCUAGAGAGGUUCCUCUAGGCCAGGAAGGCACUCUAAGUGAAAAGGCAUCAGCUGAGCCAAGCUCACCUGGUUCGAUUCAUGGACAGGAAACUCGCAAAGAUGCAGUCUCUAAACACAGCACUUCGCGAAGCCGCAUUCUCAUGCAGGAAAGAGGACCACAAUCCAUUACAGAUCGACGACUCCGAAGGCUAGAAAGAGCCAUGUUUCGUAGAAGAUAUACCACCGACGCACGUUCUUACCAACCUGGUCUUCGGCACAAUAGCAGCGACUGCAAUGGCUCACUGCCUCAACAGCCACUUGAGCAUGGCAUUCCUGAACUUGUGCCCGCCGAGAUCCAUGAAACAGAUUCAGUUGAGCAGGCGUCCAUGGAUGAAACUGUGUCAGAAUCAGACAUUGAGGUUGAUGUCAAUGACUCCGCGACGCCCAAAUUCUGGAGCCACAGCUCAGAGUCAAGCCCGGUUGGCGAAAAGCUGAUUGUGCAUUACUGUCGUACUCUACAGAACACCGAGGAGACUGCCAAACAUUUCCUCGGUAGCAAAGUUCUCGGUUUUGACAUGGAGUGGAAAUCUUCAGCGUCUGCAUGGGACAGCAUCCAGAACAAUGUCUCCGUGAUUCAAAUUGCAAACGAGGAACGUAUCGCUAUUUUCCAGGUUGCGUCGUUCAAGCCCUCGCGUUCGUUGGAGGAUCUUGUUUCCCCGACAUUGAAACGCAUCAUUGAGUCUCCUGAUAUCACUAAAGUGGGUGUGUCGAUCAAGGCAGACUGCACACGGCUACGAAAGUAUCUCGGGGUUGAUGCAAAGGCAACCUUUGAGCUGAGCCAUCUCUUCAAGCUGGUCAAGUAUAGCCAACAGAGCCCCAAACUGGUCAAUAAGCGAGGCGUCAACCUCAGCGACCAGAUGGAGGAGCAUUUCGGUCUCCCUCUUGAAAAAAGCGAGGAUGUUCGUUGUGGCGAUUGGUCUCGGGCGUUGAGUUAUCGCCAGGUUCAGUAUGCUGCAACUGAUCCCUAUGCUUGUGUUCGUCUCUACCACACCAUGGAAAAGAAGAGGUUGGCUAUGAACCCUAUGCCACCUCGUCCUGCAUUUGCUGAACUCAAUAAACCCAUCAUUCUUCCUCUUGGGCAAGCUGUCAAGAGUCAGGAGGAGGAGGUUCAACUUUGA